AUGGCAGCUGCAAUCAUUCCAGAAGGUAUACAGGAUGACAAGGCGCAGCACGUCGUUCCAUUCAUACUCGACCUCCUCCACCAACACGAAGCGAAGCACGCCUCUUCCAAGCCUUUCACACCUGUGCCGCCGCUGAUCGUAGGCCUAACGGCUCCUCAAGGUGCUGGCAAAUCUCUGCUUGUUUCAUUACUUCACAAAUCCUUGACUUCCACACCCCAUUAUCUUCUCACCACGAUCUUCUCCCUAGACGACUUCUAUCUUCCGCACGACGGACUACAGUCACUGGCUCGAGCGAACCUUGAAAACCCACUCUUGCAGCACCGUGGUCAACCGUCAACCCACGACAUACCACUUGUACGGUCAGUGUUCGCCAGUCUGAGAGAGAACAAGUCCACCAAGAUCCCACAGUUCAACAAGGCAGCCUACAAUGGGCAGGGUGAUCGUGUGCCAGAGUCGGACUGGUUAGAAGUGAACACAGAGUCAGCCAAUCCAGUCCGCAUAGUGCUUUUCGAGGGCUGGUGUGUCGGUUUCCGGCCCAUCUCUGACGAAGCUGUCAAGCAAAAGCACGAGGCUGCUUCCAAGCUGGCACAAGAGCCUGACUCAAAUUACAAGGGUCGUCUAGGCCACAAUGCCCUACAGAACCUGAGUACGAUCAAUAACUCAUUGAAACAAUAUGACGAGAUCACCUCCCAAUUCGAUGGAUUGAUCCACAUAGACGCUGAAGACCCUCUGUUCGUGUAUGAAUGGAGGCAGGAACAGGAACAUAAUAUGAUCAAAGCCAAAGGAAGUGGUAUGACCGACGAAGAAGUGAAGAACUUUGUUGACGGCUAUUAUCCUAGCUAUGAACUGUAUGUUGACGGGAUGAGAGCAGGUGUGUUCAAGACAUUAGCCCAAGAUGGCUUGAGGGAGGAGCAAGAUGUACAAAGCCGUCAGUUGAGGUUGAUUGUAGGUAAAGAUCGCAAGGUUAAAAAAGUAGAGCGCAUUUGA